CCUAGCAGGUUAUGUACCUCUAACACUAUUUAAAACUGUACAGUCUUAACGCAGAAAAUGUGAGAUCUCUGAAAGACAUGUUAUAUAAUAACUUAAAAUAACUGUAAAACUUUCUUGAAUUUCGGGAGCUGUAAAUGAUGGCGAUUCAGCAAGUUCGUGGUGACGUUCCAUCAAACGUCAGUACGAGUUAUUUUCCCGCGAAAAGAAACGUUCGAGGGAACUUCAGCUUACUCCAGUUAAUUGAAGCGUGAAUAUUGGGUAACAAGAAAAUGUCGGAUGCUAACAAGAAGGAGGAUCCUUUAAAUGGGCGUGAAAAGCCCAUGGAAGAACCACAAGAGGCUGCAAAUGAGGAAGCAGUAGAAACAAAAGGUGGAAUGUUUUUCAUGUCAGAGGAAUCUGGAGAAGAAGAUUCCAAAGAGGAGGUGUCUUCAGAAGAGCUCAUCAUUAUUGAUCCUAAUGUCGAGGAUCUGGAUUUGACUCAUUCACGUAUUGCAAGCAUGGCCAAUUUAGCCUGUCUUACCAGAGUUCAAACAAUAGGUUUACGACAGAACCUUAUAAAACAGAUAGAGGGUCUAACAGCUGUGACCACACUCAGAGAGCUUGAUCUUUAUGACAAUCAGAUAACCAGGAUUGAGGGUCUCAGCACACUUGUCAAUUUGGAAAUUCUAGACCUGUCUUUCAAUCGUAUAAGUAAAAUUGAAGGCUUGGAAGGCUUAACAAGAUUGGUGAAGCUGUUUCUUGUCAACAAUAAAAUCUCUGUCAUUGAAAAUCUUGGUCACUUGACUCGUCUAGAAAUGCUUGAAUUGGGUGACAACAGAAUAAGAACAAUACAGAAUCUGGAAAACUUGACACACCUGCACAGUUUGUUCCUAGGCAAGAACAAGAUCACCAAACUGCAAGGCCUUGACACCUUGACAAGUUUACAGACACUCAGUGUCCAGAGCAAUAGAAUUUUGAAAAUUGAAGGCUUGGAUAAACUUGAGGAACUAGAAGAGUUGUAUCUCAGUCACAAUGGUAUAGAAACCAUAGAGGGCCUAGACCACAAUUUGAGACUGACAACACUUGAUCUUGCCGGGAACAGAAUCACAAGAAUACAAAACAUUAGCCAUUUAGUUGAGCUGCAGGAAUUCUGGUUUAAUGACAACCAACUUGGAAACUGGGAAGAUCUUCGACAGUUUGAGAACCUCAAGAACCUGCAGACGGUUUAUCUUGAACGUAACCCUCUGUUCUAUGAUAGUUCCAGUCCUCCAAAACCAGACCCAAGCUAUAGGCGCAAAAUCAAACUGGCUAUUCCCUGGAUCCGGCAGAUUGACGCAACUUUAGCAAGAUAGUUUGCUGCUUGUUUCUGUGAUACAUUGCUUUUUUAAAAAAUAAUAAUAUGGAGUUGGGUAUAAGAAUUAGGGCCUAAAAACAUUGCUUCCAUUUACAAAAUAACACAUACUUGCUUUUCUUCUGACUGCUAAAUUUGUUUCAGGAAUAGCUUUGACUUGGAGCAUUCAUAGAAAUUCUUUAAAGGUUGUGAAGCAAUUUGGAUGGUAUUAAUUUGUAAAAUUUACAAAUAACAAAUUGACUGAAGCAAAGUGUCAUGACUACCAGAUGUUUUUUCAAUGAAGAUAUACAUAAUCCAUAUUUUUGAGUGCUUGCUUGUUUCUUGUUACAAAAAAUCUCAUUUAAUUUGAAUUUUUUUUUACAAGGGCAAAUAUAUCACAGACAUUCAGUUCCAUUUGUUUAAUUCGGGGCAAGCAUUUUUGCCAGUCCAGUGUACACACAUGUAGGCAAAUGUGUCGGCAACUGCAUGCUUUAACUGAAAACUAAACUAUUUUUGCUGAUUAUGGGUGAGAUCUGAAAGGGCUGAUAAUGUUUUCUGUUGUUCUGUAGUAUGUGUUUAGACUAAGAGCCUAUAGUACAAGACUUCAAAGCUCAUUUGUCUAGGUUUGAGUUUGCAGCUGUUACAAUACUGGAACAGUACAGUUUUAAAAAUAUUGUGAGGCCUGUUCAUCUCAAAGAACAUUGACAGUUUUGGUAAGAAAACCUUAUGAAAAGCAGUUUUAAUUGUUGGUUUCAAGCUGAUUAUAUUAAAAGAGAAUGAAAUUCCAUUUCCUGAAUGAAGGUUUUUGUACAUAGUCUGCAGUUAAGCCUAUCAAAUUAAUUUCUUUGCUUAUGUUUCCAGCUUAUAGUUAGGAUUCAUGAGUUCUAGUCUAUUCUUUGAGCUAUAGCCCACCCCCUCCUGUACACUUUGAAAUGCAUUAUGUUAUUUUAUUUUGGACUCUGUUUAUUUUCCUCGAUACACAUAGCUCUCUUAGUCCAUGCAAAUAAUUUAUUAUGCAAUGGUAGAAGAUUGGAAACUUUAGCACUGUACAAUUUUGUGGUAAAUAAAGUCAGGACUUGAAAAACAUCAUCUGACAUUCUGUGAGCUGAAAGAGUCUAACACUAAACAACAUUUUUCCUCAACACAAUUGACAGAUCACAAGUCUGUCCUUUGUGUCUGGCCUGGCACACUCCAACCUUUCUAUUUAAUAAAUUUCUUUGGCACAGGAUAUCCCAGACUUGUAAAGAGACUUAAACUGGAAAAUAAAUAAUCAGACCAUGCUUCAAGGGCAGAAAAACAGUCUAGGGUUGUUUUUGUUUUUUAAGAUGCUCUUGUAAAAUAUUGUUACACACCUUUCAUUGUUUCGAUCGUGAUUUAUUUAGACAUACUUAAACCUUUAUCUUUUGAAAUU